AUGACGGCGAACCUGCGUACAACUCUGGAGGAACAAAAUGAAUAUACCAGAGUAUCUGCUGGUCGACUCGACAUGCUGACUGGUGCGGAAAAGGUUGAGGGCACACAUGAGGAAGUUUACGUCAGGAAGCUUGACGACGUGCGACUUAAUCGAGUUCGAGAAUAUCGUAAUGUCAAAGUUUUCUGGAUAAAUAUUGGAUCAUGUCGCGUGUAUCCUGAACGUCAGUGGGACCCGCAAUCGGAAAUUUUCUGGUCACACAGUACAGUCGAUGGCAAGUUGGGAGUCGUGUAUUAUCGUUCUCUGGCCACCCGAUUCUUGAUUAUAUUCGGCAUUUCUCCCUCAGGGCAGCCUUGGUGUCAUACCACAAUGACUACUUGGGCAGACUCUUUUAAAGCUUGGGAAUCAUAUGAACCUAAUGGGACAGAGUGCGCUGAAUCCUACUUAGAUCUGGAUAACUCCAAGACAACUUUCCUGCUUGGUGCGAAAAGAGAGCGCUUUUCCGUGUUCGUAGAGAUCAAGGAAGAGAUGGCGUAUAGCACAGCAGUCUAUAGGGUUAAAGCAAGGUCAAGAAACGAGGACACAGGAGAAAUUUGUCGGCUGUAA